AUAAACUCAGAGAAAAACACGGGAUCCUCCUACAUGAUGGGGAACAUGUUAGUGUGAGGCUGAGGGAAAUGUGUGAGAGAUACUGUGUGGCUCGUCAUCAACAUCACCGCUGCAGUCGCUGCUUACUGUGAGGAAGGAUUGGAGUCCGCAGGCAGAGAGAGCGGAGCUGCACAGACGCUCCCUGCAGCUGAUUCUCUCAGCAUCUGAUCCCCGCCAAAGCACCGAUUUACACGCCGUAAUCUGCAGCGAUGGGAAGGACACUCAACAUAAAAGCUUUGAUUCCACUGCUGUUCUUCAUGCUGCCAAAGACGGCCAGCGGGAAAGUUUUAGAGCAGACCUAUCUGAAGUGGGUUCAGUAUAAACAGGACUGUGUCGAAAAAAUAAAACACGAGCCUCUGCCGCAAGAGGGCUUGUUCUGCAACAGGACGUUUGACAGCUAUGCCUGCUGGCCGGACACUCCUGCAGGCUCCAUGGUCAACGUCUCGUGUCCUUUCUACCUGCCCUGGUUUGACAAAGUGUCUCAGGGAUUUGUGCGUAGGCGAUGCGGGUCCAACGGACUCUGGGAGACGGAUGAAAGCGGCCAUGUGUGGAGGGACAUCAGCGAGUGUGAGGAGGAAACAGAGGUGGUGUCUCAGGAGCUCUGGCUCAAACGGCUGAUGGUGGGCUUCAGGACGUUGUACACCGUCGGCUAUUCCCUGUCCCUGUCCACACUCAUCAUGGCUCUGAUCAUCAUUUUGAGCUUCAGGAAACUGCACUGCACCAGGAACUACAUCCACGCCAACCUGUUCCUGUCCUUCAUCCUGCGAGCCGUGGCGGUCAUUGUGAAGGACGCCAUGCUGGAUCGACACCUAGGGAGAGAUAUAGCCAAACACACCGAUGUAGCUGAGAUGCUCAGUCAUCAGGCUGCCAUCGGCUGCCGGAUUGCUCAGGUCAUGAUGCAGUACUGCGUCUUGGCCAAUCACUACUGGUUCUUUGGAGAGGCAAUAUAUUUGUACUCUGUGCUCAUUUCCUGUGUGUUCACCGACAACAACAAAUACCUGCCUUACCUCUGCCUAGGCUGGGGUACCCCCCUUGUGUUUGUGGUCCCCUGGGUGGUGAUGAAGGUCCUGAAGGAAAACAAAGAAUGUUGGGCCGUGAAUGAGAACAUGAACUACUGGUGGAUCAUUCGCCUCCCAGUGCUUGCAGCCUCGCUCAUCAACUUCUUGAUUUUUAUGAAGAUCCUCGGGGUGAUUUUCUCCAAGCUACGAGGCAACAUUCACAGUCGAUAUCCAGAUUACAAACUACGGUUGGCCAAGGCUACCCUCACCCUCAUCCCUCUGUUUGGGAUUCACGAGGUGAUUUUCAUCUUCGCCACCGAUGAGCAGACAACAGGGGUACUGCGCUACAUAAAAGUCUUUUUUACUCUUUUUAUCAGUUCCUUUCAGGGCCUACUGGUGGCUGUGCUCUACUGCUACGCAAACAAAGAGGUGCAGACAGAGCUGAGGAGGAAGUUUCGCAGCUGGAGGACAGAGACAGCGAUUUUUGUGCAGUGACUAGCUUCUCUUGACUCUCGAGUUGAAACGUUUUCCAUCGCCUCAGCAGCAGAUCGCAACAGAUCCUCCGUGUCAGCAACCAGGCCGGUGCCGGAUGGUUCCCCGACCCCUGACAACUCGCAGGUUUUUGGAUGCGCUGUCAGGACUAUUUCUCCACCAGCAGCUUCGUUGGAGCAGUCUCCACCAGCAGGAAGCGAAGGAAACUCUCUGCAGCCCAGGGAUCUGAAGGAGACAGGACAAGCGUCCGCAGCAAUGCAAGUGUCCCUCCUGAUUCAUCUGAAAGACCCUGUGGAGCUGCUCCCACAUGCUGUCAAAGCCGACUCAGAAUGAAAACGCCAUUUCAGUCGGUACAGCUCUGUGUCUCAGGUUCUUUUUGCUUUGUUAUGGGCUAAAAUAUCUUU